AUGAACCAAAUGAUGAUGACAUCAUGGUAUCUUUUGUUGAUUUGUAGUUCGUUCCUAAGGAGGAUAAUGUUGUCAUGUCAGGUCGAAAGGUUGGAUGUUCAAUUUAGAAGCUUUGAGUAUGAAAUUCAGAAGCUUCAUGAUGUUGCCAAGGAACGUCAUGAUCUUUUUGUUGGGAAAGUCACAAAGAUGAAAGAGUCUAUGGAUCAGAAAAUGGAUGAACUCAAAUCAGAAUUGGACAACGAGGUGGAAAAGAUGGAGCAUAACUAUACUUUGUUGCAUAAUAAAGUUGAUGUUGUUGCAACUGCUAUCACAAAGUUGGUCGAAUUCAAUACUGACUAUUCGACUAAGCUUGAAGAAAAAUUGGAGAAGGAUUCCCAGGUGUUCGAAAAGAUAGAAGAAUUCUUAUCAAGUAUCAAGGAAACGAUUUUGAAAGUUGAUCUUUCGAAUCAAUCAUCGGUUUCUCAAUAG